AUGACUGACAGAUCCCGAACUAUCAGCCUUAGAAAAUAACAGAUAUUAGAAAAAAUUCAAUACAAUUUCUAAAAAAUUGAUCCAGCCUUCUAAGUAAAAUACUUUAUUGGAGAAAAUUCAAAUUUAGUUGAAUAUCAGAUGAAUAAAUGGAAUCGGCAAAGUAGGCAGAAAACAGUUUAUGAAUAAUAAAUUGAGAAAGCGAUUAAAACAUUACGCCAUCCUUUUAGAUUGGAGAGCUAUGUUGAUAAACCGCAAUUCAUAACUCCUAGUUCAGAUAAGAAACAUAAAGAAAUUAAACAAAAUGAGGAGAAAUAAUAGAUUACAAGAUCUCCAAUAAAAGAAGAAACAUUAACUAGAAAUUGCGUUGCUACACCAUCAAGUCCAUUGAAGAAGCUUUUCACCUAAUAUUAAGAUUUAGUAAAGGUUUAAUAUAUUUCAUCUUCCGAAUAGAUGAAAAAGUUAAUUUAACAAUAUUCAGAUUCUGAAAAACCAAUGUCAUCUUAUAGAAAUCCAGAAUUUACUCCCUCAAGACAGUUAAACUCAAAAAGAAAAAAAAAGGGGAUAAAUUAAUUUUCUUUGAUUCCACCAUCUCCUAUUCCAAGAAAUCGGGAGUAUUUGUUAUAGAAAAACACAAACAAUCUAAUCCUUUUAGAUGAAUUACAAGAUGAUUUAGAGAGUUUUAGAAAAUCAUUAGGAGAAAUGUAGAAAUUUAAAAAUCUGUUCCCAAAAAGAUAAUAAAAGAAAUCUAAAUAAGACUUAUUAUUUUGA